UGGCGACCCGCUGCCCCGGAGCAGGCCGCCGAGGGGACCGGGGCCUGCUCCUCCCCGGCGACGGCGGGAACAGGCUGACACAACUAACUACACCUCCAUAACAGCCUGAAGCCAGGCAGACAGCAGCCUGUGGUAGCGCCAUCGAGUCUCCCUCCUAAAAUCAUGGAAAUGACAGUCCAGCUUACAGCCAGUCCCAAAUGGGAACCAGUGCAGCUUGGACUCCUGUCCUCACGUCCAGAGUCUGGCCUUAGCUUUGUGAGUGUCACGGAAGGGCCCAAGAUGCUGCAGGCAGGUUUGGGGGCCUGAGAACAGGCUGGCGGAGGACAAGGAUGGGAAUCAGCCUCAGCUGAAGCAGGGGAAAAUACUCCAGGACGUCCUCCAUACCCACGCCUUGUACCAGUGUCUGAAUCCCAGUGCCCUGCCCAUGGGUGACUGGUGCCUCCUUAGGGGGGGAGCACGUGCGCCACCUGCGACCAGUCCCACUGACUGGGGGAGGUCCUCCGCAGCUGAUUCUGCCGACCUAAGUGUGGGGUCCCCCUGCGGCCAAUCUCACUGCCUGGAGCGGGGAGAUCGCUGCAGUUGCUUCUGGGAGUGGCUGCGGCCGGUUCUGGGAGUGGCUGCAGCUAUUGGCCAGCACCUACACGGGGGGCACCAGCACUCCCACCUGCUGCACCCUGCCCAUCACCUAAGUGGUGAGUGUGGCCAGUCAGGGAGUGCACACAUUGCCACUGGCCCUGCCCCUUUAACAGAAAAGGUCCCCAUCUGACUGGGAGGGAUGAGCCAGUUUGAAAUCCAAGUAGGUGCAGAGCUCAGUGAGUGUGGAGCUUGCUGCCAGACCCACUGAGCAGAUUAUGGCCCUGAAAGAAGUGGUCAAAUACAGCUGACUGAAAAUUCCUUCAACCCUCUUGUUUAAUGUAAAAGUUUGGGAGGUUUAUCUUGCUAUAGGCAUUUUUACAAAGAGAAAAGAUUGUUGAUCAUUAUUUUCAGGGGAAGAGACCUCAAGUUUUCCAGACUUUGACAAAAACCCAGAAGAGACUGAAAAAAAUUCAAUGCAUGCUAUUUUUUUAACCAUGUAGGAGUCCUUCCCAGCCUGCUUUAGCUGUCAUUUUCUUUUUUGUGUUCUGCACCUUUAAGUCUAGAGGCAGCUGUCAUUUUUGUUUGAAUUCAGAUGCACAGUGUUUGAGAAUCAGUUGCUGGGAUCUCUCAUAUAAAUUCUCCAUCUUUGUUGUUUCCCCUAAUCUGAAGCAAACGGCAUGGGGGCUGAAAAAUGCAUGUCUUUGGGAAUGGAAAACAUGACAAUGAGGCUGUUUGCAUAACAUAGCUUUUGUAAUAAUUGUUUUAUUUCUUUCUGUAACAAGUUGGCAGUAGUAUGAUAGAGAAGCAGGGAUCUUCUGGUGGCUGCUCUCUGCAAACGAAGCUUAGCACCCUGCAUACAGCUGCCGGCUAUGUCCUGCUGACUCAUGGUAGCCACAAUGCAUGUGGUUAAACAGGGUGGUAGAAAGGUCGGUCCCAGCCUCUGUUUAGAGGGAAAAUAAUUUGGAAAUAAGAAACCCUAGGAAGAGCCUGGCUCAGGGAAUCAGCAUAGGCUGUUUUAUUUUCUGUUGUUAUUUACAUUUACAAGACAAUCAAAUCAUAAAAACUCCUAAGUAAAUGGAAUGUUUGAGUGUAUACAAGAAGUAGAGGUUUACCUGGAGCAAGUCAAAAAUAACUGCUUGCACUUAAAAUAAAAUGUAACAUUAUUUUUGUCCUUUGGCAGCAUCAAUUAAGUAGUAUACGUCUCACUCAAGUACUAUACAGACAAGGUUCCUUGGGUGAAUUUGAUAUCUUUUAUUAGACCAACCCAAAUAGUUGGAGAAUAUUUAUUAAGCAAGCUUUCGGGUUCAAAAACCCUUCAUCAGGCUAAAGAAGUUUCAGCAGUUGGUGUGUGCUCUUCCUGGAUGGAAUGAGAAGUAAACAAGCCAGGGGCUUAAAGCUUGCUUAAUAAAUAUUCUCCAACUAUUUGGGUUGGUCUAAUAAAAGAAAUCAAAUUCACCCAAGGAACCUUGUCUACCUAUGUCCUUAGACCAACACGGCUACAACCUAAACCCCUGCAACAUGGAAGAUACCAAGUACUAUACAGCAUUUUUAAAUAUUCAUUGAUCUUCCCAACAGAAUAACUUUUAUUUUUAAAUCAGAUUUCAUGUAAAUAAUAUUCCAAAACUUUUUGCAGAGGUGAUUAAGGGUUAUUCAUCAUUAUUGUUCAAGAUGGUUGAAAAACAUUUACAGAAUCUUUCUCUGUUGGAAAUGAACACCUUGCUGAGGUCAUUUGACCCCAGUACUCUUUCCUGCCAUGGCAGGGGGUUGGACUUGAUGAUCUGCUCAGGUCCCUUCCAACCGUACAAACGAAACUAUGAAAUACCAUUUCACUGAUUAUUAAACCUGUCAUGGAAACAUGUUGAUUUUGGCAAAAUUCAUGACCAGAAAAGGUUCAGACAAAACAUUUUGACAAUAUGAGAAUGGAGUAAGAAAGCUGAAACAAUGUACGUGGCCUUUCUUGCUUAAAAUAAAUAUGAUCUCUGUCUAAUAAAAUUCAAAUGUAUUAAUGUUUUAUAUUACAAUAUUUUUUGAAACUAUUGACUCAAAAUUAUUUGACAUUAUUGAAACUAUACAUGUUGAUAUUUCAGAAUAAAACAUUUUCAGAAUUUUCUUCUUGUAAGAAUCUUCAAAAUUUGGACUUUUCAUUCUAAUUUGCAAGCUUUGAUGAGGCAGAAAUGUAUAGUUUCAGACAUCAGAGGCCUGAUUUUCAGAGGUGUUGAACAUUCUCAGCUCUGCCUCAUGGGAGAAAAAAAAGCAUGUGUAACAUUGGGUAAAAUUGUAUGAAGGUAUAAAGAAGAUUGUGCUGGAUAAGCUCAAAGAGAUAAAGGUUUACUGGUUUGGGGAGAUCUCUGGGGUAACACUUGACAUUUGUAUAAUACAAAUUAAAUGGAGUAAUAAUCAUAACUCUUGUUGCUUAAUUGCUGAGUAGUUCACUUUACAAGAUGAAGCAAUAGUCACUGUUUCACUGUACUGCAAGUAUUAAAAUGACAUAAAGAAUCACAUCUUAUUUAUAUUAUUCAUAAUAUCUUAAAGCAUUUAAGCACUUUGUACCCAUGUAGAGACUACGAUGUGGAGUAGUCACCAUUUACUAGAAGCACUUCCUUUAGUAGUGCUUAUUUGUAGAAUUAAGCUCAUGGAAUAUUAAAGUACAAAUUCUUGUCAGUAUUUAUGCUUUUGUUUGCUCUUUGGGGAUUACUCUGCAGGUACUUGGAAGGAGCAGGUGACUAGUGAAUGACAUUCACAGAGUAGAGCUUUCUUCCACAUGUUUAUAAAGAGCAACUCUGUUGAUUUUUUUAUCCUAUAACUAUCCACACAACAUCUGAGCACCUAUAUUCUAUAAAUAAGGCCCACAAUGGAUGCUGCCUUACUGCAAUUUAAAGAGAAUUACUGCAUGCCAUUUUAAUGCUGGUAUCUGAGCUCCUAAUCACACUCUGGACUUGGUCUCUGUCCCUAGAAAUUUUUUACAAAAAGUAAGUAUUGAACUAAUGUUUAGAACGUUCUUAGUAGGAGGAAGCAAACUGAAUGAUGUAGCAUAUAUCAUAUCAGCAAUUGAGCUGUAGGAAGGAGAAACACAGGAAAUUCCCUCCUUUAGUACUAUCUGUUUCCUUAAUCUAACAACACACCAACUUCGUAGCCAGGAGGAAAUGUACUUCUUCCUUUGUAUUGCAUUGGGCUUUGCUGCAUUAUCAGUUGCUAAAUACAAUGCUCUAUUCACCUUGCAGAAUGAGUUUAGGUAGAAUUACCAAAUUUGUGGCCCCAGGGAGCCCUGGGAAAUGUGGCCCCAGUCCCUAAUCAGGAGGUGGUUUUCUGUGAAGUACAGAUGAGCUGCUUCUUACUGACUAAGACAUCAGGGAUAAUUCAAAUCUUGAGGCCUCUAGGAAAUCAGAGCAAUCUUUCUGCUCAUCUAGGCUCUGGCUAGAGUUCAGUACAGGUUUCCCUUGUUUCCCUCUGACCACUCUCUUUGUAAAGUCUUUCAGCAAAUGCAUGCUCCCAUGCCAAUAUUGGACAUAUUGAGUCUAACCAACCUUUGAUGCAAGUGGGUGAAACUCCACUGAAGGGAGCAUCAAGCUUUGGUCCAUAACUAGGCACUACAGUAAUGAAAAUAAGUAAUAAACUUAGCAUGCUCAGUAAGUUUUCAUGAUGCUCUCUUUAAAGCUACUGUUACUGGCAGGUAAUUUUACAUCUUGCUCCAUCCAUGGCUUAAGAACUGAGCCAACAAGAAUUCAAGGGCAGAGGAAAGUUUAAAUGAAAAGAUUAGUGACUAUUCAAGUAAACGCAGCAGAAUAGUUUUUCAAAAGCAGUUUUUCAAAAACCUGGCUGCCAGGUUAAGUCUCAAAACAUGGAACUUUUUGCCUCUAAGCUUCCUCUCUAACUUCACAGGCUGAGAAGGACCCAAAAGAUUUAAAAGACUCCCAAAAGAUUGAAUGCAGGUAGCUACAAGAAGCCACUAGAAAGAAGCUUGAAUUUUGGAUUUAGGCCUACCCUAAUAUGCUAGAGUAACUAGGUCAAGGAGGGAUGUGAUUCUUUAACGAAAUUAAGUAUAUUGACCCAACUUCUAGUAUGGAUGCAGUUGCACUGAUAUAAGAGUGUCUUAUACCAGUAUGCAGGGUUGUUGAUUGUAGCUGUGUUGGUCUAAGGACAUAUGCAAAUGUAUAAAUGUGAUAUUUUUUAUUAGACCAACUUAGCUGGGAAAAAGUUGUUUGCAAACUUUCAGGCACCAAAUGCCCUGAUGGAAAAUAUGUAGGAGAAACCAAACAACAACUGCAUACCAAAAUGAAUACACACCUGUGGCAGAGUACUUUCAGUGACUGCCACCUUAAGGUUUGAGAGCAGGUAGCAGGGCAGCCUGUAGGUGGGAGCUAGCUUUAAUCAGGGUUACAUGACCCCAGGAGAGCCCUGAGAUUGGAGGAGGGGGUGGAACAGCCUCCAUUUUAACCCAGGCCCUCAGAGCUGAGGAGGUAAUAUCUGGCUGAGUUGCUUCUCAGACCAUCUUAGAGGUAUGGGCAGGAGCUAUGGGGGUGACAGGAGACUCCUGGUCCUGGGAAUGACUAGAAACUGCACCCUGCUGGGGAAGGGUGGCCUGGUGGGGCUUUCUAUGGUAGAACAGUCCCCGCAAAAUGCCAAGCCAGUUACCUCCCUGGUGAAAGGUGGGUAGGGGUGCCUUAAAACACUAGCCUGCACAUCCUGAUGGGUUACCCCAAGGUGGGGCCAGGCACAAACUAGAGAGGCAUCUGAGCCCAUCGGGUGAAAGACCCUGAUGGAAUGAGGCCAGAUAAUAAUCAGUUUAAAAGGGCCCGCUGACCGGGAAAAAGCCCAGUUAGAUGCAAGAGCGGCGAGAGACGCGCGGGUGAAAGCUCGCUGCGCCCCCGCUCCCCCGAAGCCCCCCAGAAACCCUCCAGCAGCCGUGGAGCCCCCCGCUGACCCCCAGCAGAGCCGGGGUAAGCGGGGCCCGUGGAGAGAGGGUGCUAACCCCUUAGUGUGUGUGUGGGAGGCGGCGGCUGAGUGGAGCCGGGCCGGGUCAAGCCCCGCCCAGGCCCCUACUUCGCCCAGCCCCCCAGGGAGCCACGCGACCGGAGCUGCGCAAACAGGAGCGCUUCUUUGCUGGCGCGUGAGUUAGCGCGGGAGGGCCCCGGACCCUGCCUGCGCACCCCCCAGGGUAGACAGCCCCAGCUGUAGCCAGCCUCCCAGAGGCAUGCCACGGAUGGGCACGUGCCGCACCCCGAGGGUCCCCUCGGGCUCCGCGGCCCCCCCCUCUGGCACCUCAGAGACGGCCACCCAGACGGAGACCCUGGUUCUGGGCUCCACGCAGACGGAGCCCCUGGCUCUCGGCUGCGGGGGCUGCCUGUCCCUUUUUCAGGCUCUGGGGCCUGGGAGCAUGGCGACCUCCCCUUGCGGGGUCUGCUCCCUUUUGGGGUCUCUGGCGCGCCAGCUGGAGGAGCUCCAGGCCACAGUCCAGAGACUGCGUGCCAUCAGGGACUGCGAGCAGGAGAUAGACUCCUACUGCCAGGCCCUUCUCUCCCGGGAGGCGGAGGGUAGACCACGGUCUCCCUCCAGGCCAAAGGAGGACUCUGGGACCUCCUGCUGUGUCCAGCCAGGGGCAUGGACCAAGGUGGUCAAGGGCCCUAAGGCCCGCCGCACCAAGGCCCCUCCCCCACCAGAACUGAGCAACAGGUACGCACCUCUUGCCGCUCCAGCGGAGCCUGCUGAGUUGCCGGCCCCCACAGGCAACAUGGGCCUAACUGCAGCUCCCGCCCCUGCUCUCCCCAAGACAAAACGUAAGGUGUUUAUUGUGGGAGACUCCCUCCUGAGGGGGACGGAGGGGCCAAUCUGCUUCCCCUUAGCCCGGGAAGUCUGCUGCUUCCCAGGGGCCCGCAUCCGGGACAUUGCGGAGAGGAUCCCCAAGCUCCUCAAACCCACAGACCACUAUCCCAUGCUCCUUAUUCAUGUGGGCACCAAUGACACGGCUCGGAGCACUCCCAGCCAGGUCAUGAGGCGCUACAGGGAUUUGGGAGCGGGGCUUAAGGGUCUGGGGGCACAGGUGGUGUUCUCGUCGAUCCUCCCAGUCUCAGGCUAUGGGCUGAGAAGGGACAGGAGGAUCUGUGUGGUCAACCAAAGACUGCGGCGCUGGUGUCGUCAGGAAGGCUUUGGCUUUCAUGACCACAGCCCGCUCUUUGGCAAGAGAGGCAGCGAGCUGCUGGGAAGAGAUGGUCUCCACCUCUCUCCCCUAGGGAGGAGGCUCUUCUCAGCCAGACUGGCUGACCUGCUCCACCGGGCUUUAAACUAAGCCCGUUGGAGGACGGGGGGGACUACCGCCACUGCUGGCCCGCUGAGCAAUCCUUGCAAAGCCAGCGGAUCACGGCACUUAAGGGAGCCCACCCCGGCCCCAGCCCUGGUAAAAUCU